AUGACCUGUGGACUGUAUCCCGGCCCUCUCCUGGUGCUGCUCUGUCUCCUCCACAGCUCGAAGGAGACCUGUCCGUCCAUGUGCCUCUGUGUAUCUGACACAGUGAGCUGUAGCUCCAGUGGUCUGACCAAGCUACCUCUGUCCCUGCCCGCCUUCUUGGUCACCCUUGACCUCAGCCACAACCAACUUUCCUGGCUGAACCCGGGCAGCUUCAAAAGGAUGCCCAGACUGGAAAACCUCCGAAUGGCCCAAAACCAGCUCAGCUCUCUCGGCCAUGGGGUGUUUCACAACGCCUCUGGCCUCAGGCUUCUUGACUUGUCCUCCAACAAGCUGCAAGUGGUGGAGCAGCACUACUUUCAGGGGCUUUGGAGGCUGGAGGAGCUCCUUCUCUUCAAUAAUAAGAUUGCACAGGUAGAGGCCGGCACACUGAGCGGUCUGAGCAGUUUAAAAAAGGCCUACUUCAGCCUCAACCAGAUCACACACUUCCCGUUCUUCUCCAUCCAAGACCACACUCAUCCUUUCCUCAUCAUGCUGGACCUCUCGUCCAACCGUAUGAGUCGUCUGCCAUGGGAGGAUGUGAAAGCUUUGCCAAGGUUGGUGCAGCGGGGGCUGUACCUCCAUAACAACUCUCUAAUCUGUGACUGCUCCAUGUACAGUGUGUUCUGGCACUGGGAUCUGAGGGGUUAUGACUCACUGAAGGACUUCACGGAUGAGCACACUUGCAGCAUCUAUGGGGACCCACGAGCGUCCAUCCGGUUCCUACGACACAACCGUUUCUUCCACAAUUGCACUGUGGAAAAAGCAGUCUCAGAGCCAGUGACUGUGCUCCUCUCCAACGUGUUGGUUUCAGAGGGAGGAAGAGUACGUCUAGACUGCCAAACGUCCCUGAAUAGCACAGAACUCUCAUUUACAUGGCUCUCCCCCAGCAAGGGGUACAUCACCCAGACCAGCAUAAAUGACACGCUAAUUAGCCAGUUUGCUAAUGGUACCUUGGAGAUCCAAGCAGCCAAGGUCAAUGACUCAGGUCUGUACGUGUGCACCGCUUUGGAUAUUAAACAGGCACUGAAUGCAACCCGUGAGGUGAAUGUGACGGUGCUGCUGCCAGCAGCAGAGUCAUUCAACACCGGCUACACAACGUUGCUGGGCUGUGUGGUGACUUUGGUCUUCAUCCUCAUUUACCUCUACCUGACUCCAUGUCGCUGCAGCUGCUGCAAACAGCCCAAACCUCCUGUUAUCCCCAUUGCGACCUACGACCCCAGCACCCUAAUUUCCGUUUUCUCCCCUUCAACCAGAGAAAGUAAACUCCAAACUAACAAGCAUGUAGCAUUCAUGGAGCCAAUGUUAAGUGAAGAUGGAACAGAAUGGACACCAGAAAGUUGA